AUGCCACAAAUGCUCUUACAUAAUCUAUUAGCGUUACAAACUAUCUUCAACUCAGACGUCAAUGAUAUAGCACCAAGUUGUCCCUUCAAUCCACCAUUAACGUGUGAAAACAAGACAAUAGUACCUGACCAAUGCUGUUUUGAAUACCCCGGAGGCAUCUUUUUACAGUCACAAUUUUGGAAUUAUCUACCAUCGAAACGCAACUUGAAUACAUCAGAAUUGAUCAACGAGUUAGGUCCGCUGGAUUCCUUCACGGUUCAUGGUUUGUGGCCCGAUACUUGUAUAGGCUCAUACGAACAAUUUUGUGAGAAAGAUAUGUUUAUCGAUGAUGUUUAUUACCUUUUGCACUCUGAUGAAUUUCAAGGAUCCUUAGAAUUAUACAAUUUCAUGAAACUAUAUUGGAAAAAUAACGUUGUGAAUAAUGAAGAAUCGUUAUGGAUUCAUGAAUAUAAUAAACAUGGUACAUGCAUCAAAAAUAUUAGGCCAGAAUGUUAUUCUAGAUGGAAUAGUCAUGGUAACGAAAAAUUAUGGAAGAGAAAAAGUGUUAUAGAUUAUUUCAAUAUCACAAGAAACCUCUUCCAGGAUUUAAAUAGCUUCGAAAUGUUAGCAAAACAUGGUAUUAGUCCCAGUAUAAAUCGUACUUAUACGAAAAGGGAAAUUCAAGAUGCAUUAAAGGAUGAAUUUAAUGGGAAAACCGUGUUUAUUAAUUGUGAUUCAAAUAAUGUUUUAAAUGAAAUCUGGUAUUUUCAUCUUCUGAAUGGGCCAUUUCUUAAUGAGAAAUUUGUGCCCAUUGAUGCCUUGGAGUCACCACCAUUCUCUAAAUGUAAAGCAACCGGUAUUAGGUAUUAUCCGAAGGGGCAUAUUCCAUCAGACGAUAAUGGAUCAGAUGAGAAGAAAGGUGAACUUAGAAUUGUCACUGAUGAUAAGAAAAAUAAUGGCUUUCUUAUCAAGAAUGGUCAUUGGUUGGCCAAGGGAACACCCGCAACAUUUAAAUUACUUAAAUCACCUUUUGGUAAUUACUAUCUAAAAUCAAGGUUGGGAUACUGUCGUAUUCAUAACGAUAGAAAUGAGCUAUUUAAAUGCCAUUACGAAAACACCAGAGAUGCUACUCAAUUUGAGUUUGAUGAUCUCAAUAGUUUGAUUGGUUAUUCUAAUGGCUUCAAAUGGGGUUCAUUCGAUGAGAGCGAAGACUCACAAAGGGAAGUCUAUCAUUUGACUGAUAGGAAUGCCAAUCAUUUGAAAUUCAAAUUUCAGUUAAAAUUCAGUGCAUUAUAG